CUACUAAAGUCUAAUUCCGCUAUAUUCGAGAAAUACAUCAAAUUAUCUACAGUCAAGAUAAGUUUUAGAUAACUUUAGAUAAAUUAAGCAUUAAAUUCUUUGCAAUAAAGUCAGUUGCGCAAAAUGGUGAGCAACGUGUCUAUUAGAGGGUUCGACGAAUUCGUAAAGUAUACGGAUAAAAUAGACUCUACAGGGCCACCGGUGUACUUUUACUUCGAUUCUAAGCUGCCCGAUGGUACGAGCUGGUGCCCUGAUUGCGUUGUGGCGGAGCCAAUAGUGCGGGCCUUUCUGCGCGAAGUCAAGAAGGAGCUGAUCUUUGUGCAUGUAGACUGCGGCGAAAGAGAAUUUUACAGGGACCCUCAGUGCGUGUUCAGGACAGACUCCCGCUCGAAGAUCCGUCGCAUUCCGACGCUGUUGAAAUGGCAGGGAGACAGGCUGGAGGAGACCGAGCUGAAUGACCCCGAGAAUUUACGGCGGUUAUUUGAAGUACUUAUAACUCCUUAAAAUCAUUAAAUAAACUUGCAGCUUUAUUGGGCCA